AUGGAUUGGAAGUUUCUCGAGGGUCUCCUUAGUGGAGUCAACAAAUACUCCACUGCCUUCGGGCGUAUCUGGUUGUCAGUUGUCUUUGUUUUUCGGGUGUUGGUCUUUGUCGUGGCUGCAGAGCGCGUCUGGAGCGAUGAUCAGGGACACUUCGACUGCAACACUCGCCAACCAGGGUGCACCAACAUCUGCUACGAUUACUUCUUCCCCAUCUCACACAUCCGUCUCUGGGCUCUUCAGCUCAUCUUCGUCACCUGCCCCUCAUUCAUGGUGGUUCUGCAUGUGGCCUACCGAGAAGAUCGCGAACGCAAAUACAAGGCGAAGCACGGAGAGAAUGCACGUCUCUAUGACAACCCAGGACAGAAGCAUGGUGGCCUCUGGUGGACUUAUCUAAUGAGUCUUUUCAUUAAGACGACCUUUGAGAUCACAUUUCUCUACCUGCUUCACCACAUCUACGAUAGCUUCAAGCUGCCCCGGAAGGUCCAGUGUGAUGUCAGCCCGUGCCCCAACCUGGUGAACUGCUACAUAUCACGUCCCACAGAGAAGACGGUGUUCACUUACUUCAUGGUGGGGGCAUCAGUCGCAUGUGUGGUCCUCAACAUCUGUGAGAUUUUGUAUCUGAUUGCGGCCCGGAUGGUGAAUCUCAAACAACAAGGCAGCAUGCGCACUCCAUCUAAAAGGAAACCCAUGGACUAUGACGGCUGUAAGGCCUCUCUGUCAUAG